UUCAUCAGUCUACGCAAGACCGUCAAACUGGACGUAUACGUGUUUUUUCUUCGCUUUACAAAUAGUAAUCCCGAUUAUCUACAAUGACAGCUGGCAAAAUACCCGAUUGGGUCACCGCUGAACUGUUUGAAGAUGUUCUCAAAUCGAGUGUGGAUGGUUACUCGAAUGUGAGGAAUUUCAAACCGGAAAUUGGAUCCGCGGCAGGUGACAACUACGCCACUGUUAUGUUGCGAGUUAAAAUCGAAGUGGAGCUUCAGGAUGGCACCACCAAAGAGGUGUCCUACAUGGUCAAGUUGCCACAUCAGCAGGAGAUCUACAAAGAAAUGAUGAAGCACACCGACAUCUUCGAAAUCGAACGCACCAUGUACAACCUGGUCGUUCCGGAGAUGGAGGCCCUUUAUAAGGCGGCUGGUGUGGAGGUCACGUUUGGAGCCAAGAGCUACGAGCUGAAGAAUGCCCAGACCGAUUACAUAGCUCUGGAGGAUCUGUGCAUCAAAGGAUUCAAGAACGCCAAUCGCCUCGAGGGCCUCGACCAGGCGCACACGGAGCGGGUUCUCCGGAAGUUGGCCCAGUGGCAUGCUGCAACGGCCGUAAGGGUGGCCACCAAGGGGCAGUAUCCGGAAAUCGUGCUGAGGGGAUUCUUCAAGGAGGAAAACAGGGCGAUGAUGAACGACAUGAUUGACGGCAUGGGACAGGUGUUUCUCAAAUGCUGUGCCACCUACGAAGGCAACGAGGCCUACAUAGAAAAAAUCAAAGCUCUUAAGCCCGCGAUAAUAGACGAGUUGUUCAAGAUGUGCGUUAUCGAUCACACAGAGUUCAAUGCCCUGAACCACGGCGAUUCGUGGUCGAAUAACAUUAUGUUCCAGUACGAUGAGUCUGGCAAAAUCAAGGAGGUGUAUAUGGUCGACUUCCAGGUCUCCAAGUACGGCACUGUUGCGCAGGAUCUGUUUUACUUCCUGAUCUCUUCCACAAAGCUGGAGGACAAGCUGAGCAAAUUCGAUUACUACAUUAAGGUGUACCAUGAUAACCUAGUGGAGCACCUGAAAAUCCUCAAUUACUCCAAACCAUUGCCAAGCCUGCGAGAUAUCCAUAAGUCUCUGCUCAAGUACGGCGCUUUUGCAUACUCCGUGGCCACAGGUGUAAUGGCAGCCGUUCUCUUAGAUCCAACUGAAAACGCCAGUUUGGAGAACUUUGUUGGCGAUUCCGCCGAGGGAGUGGACUUCCAGACGAAAAUGUACAAUAAUCCCCGCUACCGGAAGCACAUGCAGGUCAUCCUGCCCUGGCUGCUCAAUCGAGGUGCUCUAGAUGUCAAUUAGGAAUACAAUGAUUCUAUUUUCCAUUGCUGAGUUCGAUAAAACAACUCUAUUCCGCUAGCUUAACUUGGUGCAGCAUACGCUUAAAGUAUUGUAUAUGUAUUAAAAUAAAAAAAGAAUAUACAUAA